ACUGCAAUGGAGAAGUGUUACAGCUGGUCAGGUACUAAGGGUAAGUGGGCAGCGAGACAAUUCCCCACUAGCUAGAUUGCACACUGAUUAUCAACACCAAUUAAAUAGCCCAGCACUGAGCCCUUUGGGGCUUACAGCUCUCUCUCACCCCUUCACUUCUGUCAGCGCAGGGCCCGACAAGUGAGGCUCUGCCACCCAUGCAAGAUGCCAAGGCCUCGGUUCAGUUGCCAGCCUGAAGCUGCCGGGUGCUUUGGCUGUACCUGUGCUCAUACCGAAGUGCAGGCUGGAGCCCUGCUGCUGGCCCCAUCAUGGCCAUCUCCUGCUCCAUCCCUGCCCCAGGCUCCCAAUCCAUCCCAAGGGGCCAUUUGGGUGCAGCAGUCUCUAUCCAAGGAGAGCUGAGGACACCUUCUCCAGCCUAGAUGGAGCCUAUGCUAUGUGCCAAACUGCUCGGUGUGCCCACCUCCCUGCCCAGAGCUGUGCAAGCAUGACUCAGUUCAGCACUUAGCUGGAGGUCCCUGCACCUUCAGCUGCAUGGGGUGAUCUAAUACCAGAUAUCACAUCCUCCUAGCCUAGCUUAGCUUCAGCUUCAGCAGUGCAUUUCAAAUCUACAGUUGCUGAGUACCAUUGCUAGUUGUUGAAAGCACCGUUUUAGAAAGCGCUGAAUGAUGAAGUUAGUGAGGCCAGACCUCACUGGAAAGUGUUGUCACCAUUUAUUUGGUCAGCAGAUCGAUAUUCAAGACCAAACUGACAUGGAAUCUUCUCCUACGCAGGAGGAGGAGGUGCUACAGAAACCCUCAAGUAACAGUGAGCUGUUGGUGCCGGGCACCUACCCUGUGCAUGCAGCCCGUGCCCAUCCUGCAGCUCCACGGCUUGCCCUGCUCCUCCUGCCUAGGUUGCACAGCCCCCACAUGCCCUACCUCCGGCAGGACCUGCUGCUGAUUUUGUGGCGUUAAAUCUACAGGACUCAGAACAUCAUACAACAUCUACACAUCAGGACAAUGAAUGUGUCCAACAACUGCAAUGUCACAAACCUAGAAAUAUAUCACCAUGUUCGUCUCACUGAAUUUGCUCUGUAUAACCUCAUUUUCUUUUUUGGAGCACUAUUUAAUGCCCUUGCUCUCUGGAUGUUCUUCUGCAAGAUAAAGAAGUGGACAGAAACCAGGGUGUAUGUAAUCAAUUUAGUCUUUGCAGACUGCUUCGUCAUCUGCACCUUGCCUUCCAUGGCUUAUUUGCUCUGGAAUAAGUCAACCCGAGAUGAACUCUGCCAGUUUACAGAGGCAAUGUAUUUUAUCAACAUGGUAGUGAGCAUCUACAUAGUUUCAUUUAUCUCCAUCGAUCGAUACAUUGCCAUAAAGCACCCCUUGAAAGCCAGGACCUUCAGGUCUCCAUCAAAGGCUGCCCUUCUCUGUGGGCUUCUGUGGGUCUCUGUGAUAACUGGUGCCAUCUUGCAGCUUUGGUGGCGACACGCCGAUCUCUGCUUUCAGAAGGAUACCACCAUGCCCACUACUCUGAGGCUGCUUUCUAUUUUCUUCGUUUUUACUCUUCCAUUAGCAAUCUUGACUUUUUGCUCCGCAGAAGUAAUCAGGAACCUUAAGAGAUGUCUGAACAAAAAUUCACCAGAGGAUAAAUUAAUCCAGAAAGCUGUUCACAUUAUUUAUGCAAAUAUGAUUGUAUUUCUAAUAUGCUUUUUACCAGCCUACCUUGGGCUACUUGUCAGGUUCAUAAUGGAGAGCGUCGGAGCUACCUGUUUCCUGCUCCAGGUUAUGAAGAACUUCUCCUCUGUGACGAGGUGUAUUGCCACAUCCAACUGCUGCCUGGAUAGCAUCUGCUACUACUUUGUAACCAAGGAGUUCCAUGAAGCCCUUCCACUGCCCAAACCCAGCACUGAAAAAACAGAUCAAAUCCACCUCUCGCAGACACACACUUGCUAAAGAAAGAUA